AGCAGGUCCUAAGCCUGGCCACACAGGAUUCAGACAACCCAGACCUGCGAGAUCGUGGUUAUAUCUAUUGGCGCCUUCUCUCCACGGAUCCUGUGACUGCCAAAGAAGUGGUUUUAUCAGAAAAGCCACUGAUUUCUGAGGAGACUGACCUGAUUGAGCCAACACUGCUGGAUGAGCUCAUCUGCCACAUUGGGUCAUUGGCUUCUGUGUACCACAAACCACCCAACGCCUUUGUGGAGGGCAGCCACGGGAUCCACCGCAAGCAUUUGCCAAUUCACCAUGGCAGCACUGACGCAGGAGACAGCCCUGUGGGAACCACUGCCACUACCAACUUGGAGCAGCCUCAGGUUAUCCCAUCUCAAGGUGACCUUCUGGGUGAUCUUCUGAACCUUGACCUGGGCCCCCCAGUGAAUGUACCCCAAGUGUCCUCCAUGCAGAUGGGUGCUGUGGACCUCCUUGGCGGAGGGUUAGACAGUUUGCUUGGCAGUGACCUUGGCGGGGGCAUUGGCGGAAGUCCGGCAGUGGGGCAGACCUACAUUCCAUCCUCCGUGCCUGCCACUUUCGCCCCUUCGCCCACCCCAGCUGUGGUGAGCAGUGGACUCAACGACCUAUUUGAACUCUCAUCCGGUAUAGGCAUGGCCCCCGGUGGAUAUGUGGCUUCAAAAUCUGUUUGGUUGCCUGCUGUGAAGGCUAAAGGACUGGAGAUCUCUGGUACAUUCAGUCACAGGCAGGGACACAUCUACAUGGAGAUGAACUUCACCAAUAAGGCUUUGCAGCACAUGACUGACUUUGCCAUUCAGUUUAAUAAGAACAGCUUUGGAGUCAUCCCCAGCACCCCGCUAGCCAUUCAUACUCCUCUGAUGCCAAACCAGAGUAUCGACAUCUCCCUUCCUCUCAACACCUUGGGACCAGUCAUGAAAAUGGAGCCUCUCAACAAUCUCCAGGUGGCUGUGAAAAACAACAUAGACGUCUUCUACUUCAGCUGCCUAAUUCCCCUCAAUGUUCUGUUUGUAGAGGAUGGCAAGAUGGAACGCCAGGUUUUCCUUGCAACGUGGAAGGACAUUCCAAAUGAAAAUGAGCUGCAAUUCCAGAUUAAAGACUGUCACCUGAAUGCUGAUGCUGUUUCCAGUAAGCUACAGAACAACAAUGUUUACACCAUUGCCAAGAGGAACGUGGAAGGCCAGGACAUGCUCUACCAGUCUCUGAAGCUAACUAAUGGUAUCUGGAUCUUGGCUGAGCUACGUAUUCAGCCAGGAAAUCCGAACUACACGCUGUCCCUGAAGUGCCGGGCUCCUGAAGUGUCCCAGUACAUCUACCAGGCCUACGACGCCAUUUUGAAAAACUAACAGGAUUGGUCUGUGCCUCGCCCCACGGAGGGAGGACGGGGGGACUCCGGAUGGUCCUCUUGUUGGUGUGGGCAAAACAGUCUAACUGGAAGCAGCUGUAUUCAUGUGUAGGAUUUCAGUCAAAGGCACUGAGAAACCAAGGUAGCGAUUAGUCUCCACGUGCUAAUAAUAAUAAUAAUAGGGAACAAACCUGUUUGAUAUUUUUAGCGUCCAUGGAAACUUUGUAACCACUGCUUCGACCACCCCCCUGUUACCCUUUCACCACCACUGCUGCUGUUCUUUCUCGUGGGCUUCUCCAUCUCGUGCCAAUGUUCAGCAUUUUCUAAACUGCUUUAGGCGUAGGUAAUAUUUUGUAAAAUAUGGCUCAUUUCAAAACAACCCCCCCACCAAGUCUCUGUUCAUUAAAACAAGGCAAAUGCAUCGAAAACAUAAAAAUUGCACUUUAUUUUAUAUUUUUUAUACAUUUGAUUUUUUUUUUUUUUUUUAAUUGUAACCGGCUUUAAAAAAACAACAAAGGAAAAGCAAAUCCAUGUCAGUGAAAGUAUCCAAAGGAAUGAGAUGGACUUUCCCAGAGCUAAUGAUGAGCAGAGGGAGCAUGAGAGGGGUCUCAUGUCCAGGAAUUGAAAGGAGGCCCUGAAAUUAUUGUAUUUGUGCUGGGUGACUUGCCCAGUUCAUCCAAAAUAUUACACUCUUCCCUCCCCCGCCUUCUCCCCACCAUUUCCCAAUCAUCUCACCUGCUCAUUAGCCACUGAUUUGCUGGACAGGAUUUUUAUUGUGAAGUAGAUGGGAGCACGAGCUGGUUGGGUUUAUAUGACAAUGGUACAGCAUAGUGAAAAACCAAGGGAACAGAAACUUCCCAACUGGGGGCACCUGGUAGAGUGUGGGAUGUCAUCCUUGCCUUUUUUCUGUUUGUAAAACCCCUUUCUUGGUCAUCCCCACCCUGCCUGCUGCUGCUAGAGUCCGUUUGCAGCCCCUGCCCCCAAUUCACCUGUGUCAGCUUCAGCUGGCCUGAUUGCAUUUCAUUUAGCAGUGUAUGUUGGCCAGACUGAAAGACUUAUGCAGGAAAUCUGUAGGGUAAUCGCAGUCACUUGCCCAUGUUUCUCCAUAGCAGCAUCAGCUGAUUCACUUUCACACCUCAGUGUGCUGUGAGCAGGAGCACAGGGCUGCCUUGGGCAAUAAUGACUGAAGUACUGAGGGAUCUGAGACUCACCUUGUCCCCUUUAUAGGAGUGUUCUGAGGUCAGCAAGACAGGAGACAGGUUUGCGCCUGGCAAAUAAUCCCUGGCUUUGGAUAGGCAGGUCUGUCAAAAUCCUAGCAGAUGCUUGGGGGAGAGCAUCCAUAGAACAGGGGAGGUCCCUGAGAAACUGUGCAGGAGUUGCAGCUUAUCUGGUGGUACUGAAGUAACUACGUGAUGAUGGGAAGGAGGGGGAAGAUCCCUUGGGGUCAGUCUUCUGCCAUGUUUUGAUGUUACUUUGUAACCCUCAGUGCUGGAUGCUCCUGUUUUAGUGGCCAGUGAGCAUGGAGCUUGAGCAGGGUCCUUGGUUCUAGCCCCGAUUCCAAAAGCUGGGUCUGGGCUUCCUGUGCCACAGGCAGUGGACUAGGGAUCAUUUGAGUCCCUGUUGUCUAAAACUCCCCUGCAUGGGGAGGGAUUUAGGAGUGCUCUCUCCCUUCUUUGCCAUAGAUCCUUGUCACAUGGCAUUCUCCAGGGAUCAAGGAUGGCUGCUUGUUGUCUCUCUGUGCUGUGGAGUUGCCAUGUCCCAGGUAAGGAGCUGAAAUGGACUCCAUGAAGGCUAAUAUAAAAGCAAAGCCGCUGCCUGCCUCGGCUCUAUUCAGAAACCCUGCACAGCUUUGCACUUAAAUUAGGCCACACAACAGAAUGGAUUCUGCUGUCCAUGCCACUCUCCUGCUUCUGCUUGAUACAGCAUCUUCCCCCUAGUUUGAGCAAGGCCCUUCAUGCCUCCCUGGUUUAAACCACUUCCUACCCUUAAAGCAAGGCAUUCACAAGCUUCUGCAGUACCAGUCAGAGGAGAUGGCUGGGGUCCAGUCACCCGUCUUUUGCCACUAUCAGUUCUUUGGGAGGAUACAGAGUGGGGCUGUAAUGUUAGAAAAUAUAAGGAAAAGGAAGGGUCAGCCAGGUUCUGAAUUGGAGACUCCUGAAGCCAUUCCUGAGCCAGUGAGUAAGGAGUGGAACAGUAGGAUUCUUAGUCAGUGGUACAGGAUGGUGUCCUCUAUGCAGAGCAAUUUGGUUUGGCAGCAAGACUCCUGGCUAAGAGGAAUGUGGGACAGUGUUGUUGAAGCCUGGCACUUGCACAUUGAGCCAGCGUGGUGGCUUGGCGCCCUGUGGAUCGGUGGGCUGAGAACGCUACGUAAAUAAUUCUUACAGUAACUAAUAAAGUGCUGGCUGUGCUGAGAUGCACGCUGUUCUCCAUCCUGUCCUGAGCCAAGCUACAUAGUGGCCUUGCCUCUUGGAAGCUUGCUCUUUGGAGGCGAGCUGUGCUAGUAGGCAGAGCAGGCCUGAGAGCUGCCAAGGUGGGAGAAGGCAGCCUGGGUAGGGGACAGGGGACCCCUGCACGCAGGUCCUUCCCCUUGCUGCAGUGCCACGUAAUGGGUUUUCUGCUCAGUCUGCACCAGAUUAUGCCCGUGAGUUGGAAGAAGCAGAAGAGGAUCUCCAGGAUUAACGCCACAAGUCUUACUCAAUUGGCCCCAGGGAAGAGAGUUCCAGCUGAGUACUCAGCCAGUCCUGCCUGCCAUAAACUCCUUCCCAGCAUCCAUGCCUCUCUCCUGGCCUGUGCUGUGUUUGUGUGUCUGCAUGCUGUGAAGCGUGGUAUGUGGGGAGAGGAGCGGGAAGGCAAGGAAGGGGGGUUGGUCAGUGGCAGCCCCAUUCCAUUGGUUUUAUUGUUCAUCCUUUCCGAUGUGUUCACUUUUUGGUAAGCUUUCCCUUGUGUCCUUGUCAAUAAACUGUCAUUUACACUAA